AUGCAUCUCGAUGGAGCCUCAGCUUUGGAGGGAAAUAAAGCCAAAGGUAGAGGCAAGAUCCGCUAUUUCAUCGAAAUGGAGCUUCGGGUAUCACAGCAGAGCGUGAACUGGCUCAGCCCAGGGUACUUGGAUGCUGAGCUCCUGAGGGUAGACGUCGGGGUGGGAAGGCAGUUCCGGGGGCCACUGCAGACCCUCUCAGAGAGGAAGCUCAACCCAGUGAAGUGCAUUGGCGGGUGUGUGGGCACGGGGCACAUUAGUGCGUGGGAGGCGGACUCUGCCAUGGCCUCCCAGGGCCCCCACACCCUGGAUAAACCAGAUCAGUUGCCCCCCACCUUCCUCGAGGGUAGAAACGGGGAGUCUGCUGCCUGGAAUGUUCAGGGCCAAGCUCCAAGCCUCCCGGCCCCCAGCGUAGAGCCCCAGCCCCCGGCGUGGCCACACCAUGACACAGGAGCAACUCAGGAGCCCCUGAGAGUUUCGAGGGGUAACCUGGGAAACCCAUGGAGCAGUGAGAGCGGGUUGCUGAGCCUGCGACAGUCCAGCCAGGGGAAAUGCAAGGCAAGUGACACCAGCCUGUUGAGCAGCGGGUACGCGGGCGAUGAAGAGAACAGUGAGGUCAGCCUGGUGGGCAACACUCCAAUCUUAAGGUUGCCGAGAAGGCUCCACACCCAGGCAGGCAGCGCCCCGAGAAGCCAGCUCGCGCCCAGCCAGAUCAGGAGCCAGGUGGCCGGCCAAGCCCGCGGCAGCAGGCAGGCUGGAGGGGAAAAGUGA